GUUAAAGCAAGCUAAUGAACGCCUGCUUGAGGUAACGUGGGGAGUUGGAAUGUAUAAAGAUUUCCGUCAGUGUGUAGUCGGUAAUAAAGAGCAAGUGAAAUAUAGAAGUGUCGAGAGAAAACCUGCACAAUGAAGACCUUGCCUUCAAACCAUGGGCGAACGGAAAGUAACUACAUUAUUUAUAGCGCAGAGAACAAUAAAGAGGGAUAUUCGGUUCUUUUUGUACUUCAAAAUCUGGUAUUUAUGAAACAUGAGGUCACUGAAGGUCUGUGGUUCUCUAUUGCAAUAAUUACUACCAAAUAACUUGGUAAGUCGUCUGGUAAUCUGUUGAGAUGGAGGAUCGCAAUGUACUACGAUAAGGUAUGUGAAUACUCAGUUUAAAGAAUAGGUAGAUAGCAGUCGUCUACCACUUUCUUUAUUUUUGUGACUUUCUAAAACGUAAAGUAACUUGAAAUGCAUCAGUGAAACUCGAUUUAAAAGUUCUAGUACAGCAGUUAGGUUUCAUUGAUCAAUACGAUAUAUUUGUUAAAAACUCAAUUCGUAUUCUCCAAGGUUUUCCAGUGUUAUCCUUGUAGAGCCCAAUGUCAGUUUGAUAAUAGUUUAGUUUUGAGUUGAUUUUCUUGUCCUGUUGAAAUAUCAUCAUGUAAAGAGAGAGAUAUUCAAUAUUGUUUUUGUUAGCUAUGCUUUGCUCUCUUGAAGAUUUGAAAUCCUUAGAAAUUAUACUAGCUAGCACUUCACCACGUCGAAAAGAAAUACUUGGAAACAUUGGUAUACGGUUCUCCUCUGUUUGUCCUGAUGUUGAAGAGUCACUGCCUUCGGAAAACUUUCAAUCAAUACCAGCUCAUAUCGAAGCCAUAGCUAAACUUAAAGUGGAUGCAGUGGUGAAUACCUUGGAUAUCAGUAAAUGUAACUAUGUAGUCAUAGGAGCAGAUACUAUGGUAUGUUUUGAAGGUUGUAUUUUUGGGAAACCAUCAAGUCACGUGGAUGCUGUAAAUACACUUAGUCGUUUGAGUGGGAAUGUUCACCAAGUGAUAACCGGUGUGUGUUUAAAGUGGAUUGUAUCUGGAAAAGAACAGAAAAUUGAUCAAUUUCAUGAAGUAACAAAUGUAAAGAUGAUUGAAUUAAGUCCUCUCAUUAUUGAGGGAUAUGUUCAGUCUGGAGAGCCAAUGGAUAAAGCUGGGGCUUAUGGUAUUCAGGGGUUAGGUUCAAGUUUAAUUGAGCGAAUCGAUGGAGAUUAUUUCAAUGUUGUCGGUUUACCUGUCUGUCGACUAUGCAAGUACUUAAAAGCUGGAUGUGAAGAAAUAGUACAUAAAUUGUCAAACACAGAGUUUUUAUCCAAUCGAGUAAAUGUUCCAGAAAAAUAACUUUAAUUUCAGUGAGUAUUCUGCCACUAUAAACUGAUGAAAUGCUGUCCUAAUUUACUGAAUAAUUAAAUAUUCAUAUUUUUGUUCAUUUAUGUUAUUAUUAUGCAAGUAAAGACUGUACUUCUUCCACUGUC